AUUUUAACCAGGCCCAGGCGCCCAGCACCAGCGCACGCCGCUGAUUCACCUCGGCAGUUCGUCUCCACAUUAUUCUCUCCGGCGGCGGCGACUCGACUCUUGGCGAGGGGCGGAGAUGUCCUACUUGCUCCCCCACCUGCACUCCGGCUGGGCGGUGGACCAGGCCAUCCUCGCCGAGGAGGAGCGGCUGGUCAUGAUCCGCUUCGGCCACGACUGGGACGAGACGUGCAUGCAGGGCUGCUACAUAGCUGAUUAAUAUGGGAGCAAAUGCUUUUAAUUCUCCAUGGACGAAGUGCUGUCAGGGGUGGCUGAGACCAUAAAGAACUUUGCGGUGAUCUACCUCGUCGACAUCACGGAGGUUCCUGACUUCAACACCAUGUACGAGCUGUACGACCCAUCAACGGUGAUGUUUUUCUUCCGCAACAAGCACAUCAUGAUUGAUCUCGGGACAGGAAACAACAACAAGAUCAACUGGGCAAUGAAGGACAAGCAAGAGUUUGUUGACAUUGUGGAGACUGUAUACAGAGGAGCUCGUAAGGGCCGUGGGCUGGUGAUUGCUCCCAAGGAUUACUCCACCAAAUACCGUUACUGAGGUAUCUGUGCUUGGCUAUUCAGGUGCAGUGUGUGGCCUGCUCUGUUCUGUGAAGUGCGCUGUGUGACCCUUGAUGUAAUGUCUGUCAACUUUGAAAGUGUCGCGUAACUAUGUAUUUGUAUCUUGAAUAUCAACAUGUCAUAAACCUGUAACCCUUUGAAACAGGACCUGCUGUCUAUUGGUAUUACUGAUUAAAGUGAUAUUUGGUUUGAA